GUCGCGAGGCCUCGGGAGGGGCCGGCGGGAGGCCGCUCUCGGGCGGAGCGGCUGCGCCCGGGAGGGGAGUGCGGGCCGCGAACUAACGGUCACGAACGCUGGCGGGGCCGCGCGACCCACGUGCGCCACCGCGCCCAGAGACCCGGGCACCCAGCUCCGCGGCCGCGUCCCCGCGGAGGGCAGCCUAUCCGUUUUUCCUGUGGGCGACCCCGUGCCCGGCGCGGGGAGGAGCGUGACAGCGCUGGGCGCCGCCCCCUCGGCGCGGCUCGGCGGGAGGCCCCCGGGUCGCGGCGGGGAAGAAGCGGUGCGUGCUCCCCCUUGGAGACCGUGGGACCACCCGGGCAGAAGGCGCCCUCGGUGUCCCCUGAAAGGCGGUGGGCGGGCUAGCGGGGACCGCGAGCCCCGGGCGGACCCCGCCUGUUUGUCUCCCAGUUAGAAAUCGGCCUUAGACAAGAUGGAAGGGGAGAAGCGGCCGGCGCCCUACGAGGGCCUGUUUGCCGACGGGCACCUGAUCCUGUGGACGCUGUGCUCGGUGCUGCUGCCCGUGUUCAUCACCUUCUGGUGCAGCCUCCAGCGGUCCCGCCGCCAGCUGCACCGCCGGGACAUCUUCCGCAAGAGCAAGCACGGGUGGCGCGACACGGACCUGUUCAGCCAGCCCACCUACUGCUGCGUGUGCACGCAGCACAUUCUGCUGGGCGCCUUCUGCGACUGCUGCGGGCUGCGCGUGGACGAGGGCUGCCUCAAGAAGGCCGACAAGCGCUUCCCGUGCAAGGAGAUCAUGCUUAAGAGUGACGGCAGGGCCCUGGACGCCAUGCCCCACCACUGGAUCCGGGGCAACGUGCCCCUGUGCAGUUGCUGCGUGGUUUGCAAGCAGCAGUGCGGCAGCCAGCCCAAGCUCUGCGAUUACAGGUGCAUUUGGUGUCAGAAAACGGUACAUGAUGAGUGCAUGAAAAAUAGUUUAAAGAACGAAAAGUGUGAUUUUGGAGAAUUCAAAAAUCUCAUCAUUCCGCCAAGUUACUUGACCUCUAUUAAUCAGAUGCGUAAAGACAAAAAAACAGAUUAUGCAGUGCUAGCCUCUAAGCUUGGAAAGCAGUGGACCCCAUUAAUAAUCCUGGCCAACUCUCGUAGUGGAACUAACAUGGGAGAAGGGCUGCUGGGAGAAUUUAGGAUCCUCCUAAACCCAGUCCAGGUUUUUGAUGUAACUAAAACCCCCCCUGUGAAAGCCCUGCAGCUUUGCACUCUCCUUCCCUGUCACUCGGCCCGCGUGCUUGUUUGUGGAGGGGACGGCACGGUGGGCUGGGUCCUGGACGCAGUCGACGAAAUGAAGAUUAAGGGACAAGAAAAGUACAUUCCGCAAGUCGCAGUCCUGCCUCUGGGAACAGGCAACGAUCUGUCCAAUACCUUGGGCUGGGGCACAGGGUACGCGGGAGAGAUCCCCGUCGCUCAGGUCUUAAGAAAUGUGAUGGAAGCAGAUGGAAUUAAACUAGAUAGAUGGAAAGUUCAAGUAACAAAUAAAGGAUACUACAACUUAAGAAAACCCAAGGAAUUCACAAUGAACAACUAUUUUUCUGUUGGACCUGAUGCUCUCAUGGCUCUCAAUUUUCAUGCUCAUCGCGAGAAGGCACCAUCUCUGUUUUCUAGCAGAAUUCUUAAUAAGGCUGUUUACUUGUUCUAUGGAACCAAAGACUGUUUGGUACAAGAAUGUAAAGAUUUGAAUAAAAAAGUUGAGCUAGAACUGGAUGGUGAGCGAGUAGAACUGCCCAAUUUGGAAGGUAUUAUAGUUCUGAACAUCGGCUACUGGGGCGGUGGCUGCAGACUGUGGGAAGGGAUGGGAGAUGAGACUUACCCUCUAGCCAGGCAUGAUGACGGUUUGCUAGAGGUCGUUGGAGUGUAUGGGUCUUUCCACUGUGCUCAGAUUCAGGUGAAACUGGCAAACCCUUUUCGAAUAGGACAAGCACAUACGGUGCGGGAGCAGAUUGAGACCCCCAGAUGUUGCUUGGUUAACCCUGUUAAUGACCACGUUGAGCUGAAAUUCAGCAUCUCAUUUAUGACCCUGUGGAGCCAGAAGACAGCCACACAGUUGAAUGGGUAACAGUUAACAUUCAGAGCACUUCGGAUUGAAAGUUUCCAAGCUAGACUGUUCACCAGUUUCUCCUGAGUAAGAGACAGUAUCAACAAUUGAAAAAAAGUACUACAGAAAAUGUAUUUGUCCUAUUAGUUGCUCAAAAGAAGUUUGAUAAUGAUUAGUAACUUCUAAAAGUUCAGUGGUCUUGUAGUAUUUGAAGUACAGUAGUCUUUUAUUCCCAAAGUACAGAAAUUCCCCUUGGGGAAACAGACAGAAUCCUGUGCUAAAAUGUUUAUAUCGUAUUUAUUUUAAAAUGAGAGAGAGAUUUUUUUUAUUUAUUUAUUUUCUUCAUUGUGGUAUACUUGUGUUUAGUGUUUACAGUAUAUGGCUUUAUUUAAUAAGUUACAUUCGUCACAUAAAUUCAGCUAGUCACAAUCAGAAAUGUAGCCUAUUGACUAAAGAAGUAAAACCCAUAACUUAAUUUUCCUGGAAUAUCAUCCAGAUAUUCUCAUUCUUCAGAAACAUUACUCAAUAUUUUUUAAAAAGAGGGAGAAUGAAAGCACUGGCAAACUACCUUUACGUAACUGAAAGUUUUGUUUCAUUGUUUUAUUUGACUCCCAAUUGCCAGAAACUGAUUGAAGGGCUGGUCUCAUGGUUCCCCAGUAGAUGGCACUCUCCUGGUGUGAACCCGCCUGAUCCCUCAGGCCAGUGAGGCACACCGUUGGGCCACCAGCCUGGUGUUUUCCUAACAGAUGGCCCAUUUGCGGGCUUGGUGGUCUUUCAUGCCGUUAAUCUCUGAAAGACGAGACUGUAUCCCCCAAAACACCAUUAGCUUCCUAUAAGGAUCUAUUAUGAAUCUACCAUCCGUGAAUUGCCAUUAAACUUAAAUUUCAUUCACCUUCAGGCCAAAGCCAUGUUUUAAAGGAAAAACUUAGUAGCGAUACAGUAGUCAGUGCAUUAUAUAAAAUACUCUGAUUCUGCUUCAGUUAACCUCUUCCACAUCUCAACAGGAGAUGGUAAAUUCUAGUAUUGACAGAUUUUGCGAGCGGAUCUGUUUUCACCUUUUCAUACACCUUUCAUGGUAGGGAACCUGUCGCUAUUGGUGGCAAAGUUUUGUAGGUUUUCUUUUAUGGACCGAUCAUGUUUUGAGUAUAACGAAUUUUAUUCCUUAACUCAUGGUCGACACUGUUACAGGUAUCCCAUUUUGUAAAUCUAGGCUACAAUUUAUCUUACUAUAAUUCCACAGUGCUAAUUGUAGAAUCAAAGUAAAUAGUUGGGGAUGCCAGAAUUCAAAUCAUCAAAAUAGCUAGAAAUAACCAUAAUGUUACACCGGAUCUAGAACAGGUUUAUAUACAACACCCUUGUUUAUUUAAACAAAUUGUUUUUUUCAAUUUUCAUAAUCCCAUGAGGCUUUUCCCUGCUGACCCUUCAUGAAGCUUUUCCGUUACCUUAGUCUCAGUCAUUCAGAUUCAUUUAGGAAACUUAUUUUUGAAUACCAUGUCAUCACACAUCUUAUUUUAGCAAAGUCCGUUUACUUUUGAGGCACAUUUGUCCGGCAUUUCAAAUAAAUGUACAGGCACGGGUCUUGUUUUCAAAAGGAUAGUUUACAAGACUCAUGUUGCAAGUAUAUUCUAAGUAUAUUUAAGAGUCGCGGUUGUUGACAUGACCAGUGAUUCUAUACUUUACAAAAAAUCAUUUGCCAUAAUAUUUUCCUGUUGCAUUUUAAAUUGUCUGGACUAAACACGAAAACAAAUUCUGUGUUCUCAGGAAGAAAUACAUAAAGCGAAGCCUAGCUCCAUGUCUGUUUUCAGAUUCCUCUCCCCCUUUACUGUCCUCCUACAUUCCUAACCCCUUCAACUUCGUGGCUUAAACACUGAACACCUGGAAGCUCUUAUGGACCCCGUAAGUAGAUGGUGAUAAUUUCUCAGUGCUUUUUAUGUUGCGUAGAAAUCAAACUGACUUGUGUUUUAAAACACAAGUUGUCUGAUAGUGAGGUUACACGACCUUAAAUGGGUUUUAGGUUUUCUGCAGCAAUUAGCUGGGAACCCCUAAUGUAGCUACUGUUUAUAAAAAUUUUAUAGUCAAAAUUAUUUAUUUUUAUUUUUUUAGGGUGUGUCAGAAUGUGUCGUAUUUGCUUUUUGAAAUAUGUUUGCCUACUUCGAGUUGUAAAAUAUUCUGUGGCUCAGAAAUUGUCAAGUCCUUUUUGCGUUGUAAAAAUGAACACUACCAGCAUGUCAAAAGAAAAAUAGUUUGCAUUUGUAAUGUAAAGUAAAAUUGUAUUUACUGUAUAUUAUGGAAUUUUAAAUUUGCACUAACUAGGAAACUGUAAAGGUUAUGAUAAUUUACAGAUUCAUGUGGAUCCGAAUACAUCAUUUGUACUUAUUUGGCCAAAUAGGUCAGUAGAAUAGGUGAUAGUUUUGUGUGGUUUUUCCUUGAGGUGAUAACAUUGAAGCAAGAACCAGCACUUUAUACUCAGAAUUGUUUUUAAUUCUACCUAAUUUGGGACAAUGGAAUGUAGGUCGAUUUAUAAAAAAAUAUAUAUCUAGGAACUUAAAAAGAAAAGAGUGUCGUUACUCUGUCCCACUCCGAAUGAAGGCAUGUUCCCAGCAGCAAGACAGAAGUGGUUUUGCGCUUGCUUUUAAAGUAUGCCCUAGCUUUCCCACAUCUUCCCUGUAAGGCCUCUCUCCUCUUUAUCAAAGUGUGAUCUACCAGUUGUCUGCAGCGUCCGUCCGAAUCACCUGGGGAGCUCUGAUGCCGAAGGCCAGCCCCUGACGUCAUGAAUCAGUGUCUCUGAUGGGGCGUAGACAUUUCGUAAUCCCAUGAGGCUUUUCCCUGCUGACCCUUGGUGCUUUUAUUCACAAGCACCUCGAGUGCUUCUGAUGCGCGCUGACAUUUUUAAAGCGACUGGUCUGUACCUCAUGUGUUCACCCAGGGCUUUUGCUGGAUGGAUAGCAUGCAGGAAAAUUGAAUCAGAUGUUCUUAAAAUUGUUUUUCCUUCACUCCGCUAACUGCGUUCUUCCCCCACAAAUCUCUCUCCUAAAGGAAUGCUGUGAACGAUUUGUUCAUGUCCUAUCCUAUCCAAAUUAAUAUAUUUAUCUGGACGCUAUUACCUAAAAAUUGGUAGCCUCCGAUUCUUACAUGGAAACGGGUUUGAAACUAUGAUCUAGGGAGUCUUAGAGAACAGGUGGUGCUCAGGGGCCAGUGGGAUGGACCCCCAAGGGGCUCCUGCUUUCUCCCUUCAUUCGGUGCAGCCCCCCCACUGGAUGCUGCUUAAGGUAAGAUUUCAGUAAAUAAAAUUCUGCCUCUUUUUGAAAAAAAAAAAAGGAUUCCGUACUUUUUAAAAGGGUUUGGAAGCCACUACUCAGUGAAUGACUCUGUCACCUGGUUAAUUUUCUGCUGAUUUUUACAUAUUCAGAAACCUCGUGUUUUUUGACAAAAAAUAUUUUGAAGGUCUUGCUGCUUGGAAUAUGACCAUCUGGCUAUUUCACAAGUUUUAAAGGCAUUUUCUUUCUUUUUUUUUUUUUUUUUUUGAAUAGUAAAGCACUGGCUUAACCUCUGUUCCUCACAUUUCUGAUGUUAGUAUAGAAAUGGUCUGAGUAUUUAGUUCAUUUUAGUUAGUAAAUACACAUACACAUUUCCCCCCCACGGCCCCGACUGUAGUCUGUGCCUGAGGCUUGCAGGAAUGAAGGAGGUGCGUUCCAAGGAUCUGGAGAAAGAAUCCAAAAAUGUCCCCCUCUCAAACAGAAGCUCACAAAACAUAAAUGAUUGCACUUAGCCAUCUGCAGAGAGGUCUGAAGAAAGAGACCUAGAAGCUGUAAAUGCAGGUGUAUUUCCUCGGUGUCUGCCGGGGCUUGGACUCCCUCCAGUAAAGGAAAGUGUCCAAGCAGAACGCACUGAGCAAGAUAAACCAUACGAAAUUUCCACCUUGUGGUGCUUUCUGGUGACUGAUGUGGAAGGUUGAAAAGGAGAGCUGGGAAGUUAGGUUGCUAUCCUUGUUCCCCUCACACUAAUCAGGCUACAGGGCAUCCGUCCUAUGUGCGGACCUCGCCGUGUGUGAGAACAUACCUGCAGGAAGGGCAGGCGGGGUAUAGUCGGAGGACGGUGGCUCAUCGGAGCGUGUGCUGCCCUCACUCUCCAGUCUCGUUCUGGGCCCUGCUGGUAGUUUUCCUCUCGAAUUUGAGCUGCUUGAAGGAGCCUGACGGAUGAAUGGGCGCUCUGAUUUGUAAUUCUAUUCUAUACAAGUUUCAAGCAGCCUGGAUCCUCGCCCUGACUGCUCGCAGGUGAGCUGACUGAACUGGCUCCCUGGCCCACGGUGUGGACACUUGGGGUGGCUCCGCCUCCUCAGCCAGCUGGCCUCGCACUUCUCCCUCCCACCCCCAUCCCCCACCAGGCCACACACCACGAACACCACUUAAGCACCCUGUGUUACUGAAUUGCUUUUGUUGGGUUUGCUCCGUGUUGUGGUCGAUGCCUACUGAGAAAUGUGAAUUAAAGCACUGAUACGUGGAAAACCUUUGCUUGUUUUUUAAUAAAAGUUAAAGUGCAGCACUCCA